AUGGCAUCCGCUACUAGUGAAGGCCAGCCGUUCAUUACGCAGAUCCAGCUACCUGUCCCGCAGCUACCAACUAAGAAGAAGUUCGCAGAUUGCGCUCACAAAACAGCCAAAACUACCAACACCAAGCGAAUCAUCGUCUGCUGUGAUGGAACAUGGAACAACUCGAACAAGAGGGGAGGCAUUCCUACCAAUGUGGCCCGGCUGUCAUCUGCCAUUGCCCACAAGUGUUGUACCGGUAUGCCGCAGGUCGUCUACUACCAUCGAGGAGCUGGGACCGAGGAAUCAAAGGUCGCACAAACCCUCGGUGGAGUCUUUGGAAAGGGCAUCGUUCAGGACAUCGCCGAUGUUUACCGAUUCGUUUGCGAUAACUACAACCCCGGAGACGAGAUCUUCAUUGUCGGAUUCUCCCGCGGAGCCUUCACUGCCCGGUCAGUCUCGGGAUUGAUUUGCAACCUUGGACUUUUGAACCGCGUCGGCUUGUCAAACUUUGGGGCAAUCUUCCAUGACUACCAGACCUUCCCCAACUGGACUUCCCCGGGAAGAUUUGACCUGGACGAUCACCUGGUAGGCUUCACACUUACCAACUAUGAGCGCCUUCGAAGGUUCGAUCGGGCCAAGAGGAACCAGGCCGAGCCGCUUGAAAGUGGGGAUCUGGAAGUGGCGUUGAACCAGGAGAAGAAGGAGUUCUUUGGGCAAAUGACUCAAUGUCGCGAGAAUAAGUACGGGCCAAUGGACCUCCGUGCAAUGGCUGCGAAAUACAGACUCAAGCUCGAAGAGCACCAAAUGAUCCUCACCGAGAAGCAGCGCCAAUUUCGAGACAGCAUAUGGCAGGACGUUUGGGUCCCUACAAACGUCAAAGUCAAAGCAGUUGCCGUGUGGGAUACUGUUGGCAGUCUGGGCUGGCCAAAGAUGCCCUGGGAGAAGAUCCGCAAAGACCGCAGCGCUGAUGAGCUGCGCUUCGCCAGUCUCGAUGUUCACCCCAACGUGGACCAUGCCUUCCAUGCUCUGGCACUAGACGAAUGGCGCACCGCAUUCAAACCAACCUUGUGGGGCAUGAAUGGCAACGACCAUACGCAGCUUCGACAAGUUUGGUUCCCUGGCAGCCACAGUAACGUUGGUGGAGGUUUCGAAGACCAGCAAAUCGCCACCAUAGCGCUUGCCUGGAUGGCGGACCAGCUUACCUCUGUUGGAGUCGAGUUCAGCACUCCUGAGAUGAAGCGCGUCUUCUGGACUCUCACCCCUGGUGUCAAAGCACAAGAAUGGGCAAAGGGCACAAUUUCCAACCCUGGAAAGGCCACGUCCAUUCCUGAUCAGGCAUACAAUGCAAUUUGGUAUCCAUGGCAGAAGCUGAAGGGUGAAAACACCGUCUUGGGCACCCGAACGCCGGGUUUAUACAAGACCGACGACGGGAAAAGCCGCCUCGUGAACCCGAACCAGCUCGUCCAUCCUUCAGUACGCAUUCGAUACCUCUACGAUGGAAAGGGUCUCGAUGACGUUGGCGAAUGGGAAUGCGCGGCCUUGACCAAGAAUGGGUUCAGACUGGAGAAGAGCACAGGACCGCUUCAGAUUGAGGAUCCCUACCCCAAGCACCCGAUUGCAUCGACCUACGAAACCCUCACCGGCACCGUCUCAUCCGUUCAUGGCGGGCACACGGUAGACCUCGAAUCCCACAAGGGCCAUACACUUGUUGUCCACCAGGUGCCGUUCGAAUCAGAUCUCUGUCUUCUGGAACAAGCCGAGAACCACUGGGUCUGGACCCGCGACGACGCGAGAGAAGGCGCGCGGACGUUACGUGAGGAGCGCAUCGGGAUGUGGGAGCGCCUCUUCAUUGACAUCAACCAUAAGCUGGUAUUGCGACAAGAGCGCGAGGAGCGAGAAAGGGCCGAGAUUAAAGCGAAAAAGCCCAAAGAGAAGCGGUCUUGGAGACAGUGGCUUACUGACAAGGCCGAGUCCGCCAAGGGUGCUGCUGGAAAGGUGCUCAACAACACCGUUGUCGGAAGAUUUCUUGGACCGUCGGCCAAGCUUAAGCCUCUGGACUAUCCUCGUGAUUUUGGAUACCACGACUUCAUUUCUUGGCAGCGAGGUGAUGUGACGAAGACACGGCAGAGAAAUCCUUGGGAGAGCCGGAAGAUCGGGGCAUGA